CUGCGCGGUCCCGGAGCUCCGCUACCGGGAGGACCAGCGAAUGAAUAGCCCUGGGAGUGGAGGAAAGAGAAAAGGGAGGACUGCGGAGGAGGAGAGGAGAGGAGCGAGCGGUGAAAGUCCCGCUGCGGUGUGGGAUCCUCAGGUGCUUUUAUUACCUGAAAGAAGACUUUGAACCACAAGAACCAUGAGCAAUUACAGUGUAUCCUUGGUUGGCCCAGCUCCUUGGGGCUUUCGACUUCAAGGUGGCAAGGACUUCAACAUGCCUUUGACCAUCUCUAGUUUAAAGGAUGGCGGUAAAGCAUCCCAAGCCCAUGUGAAAAUAGGAGAUGUGGUUCUCACCAUUGAUGGGAUCAGUGCUCAGGGAAUGACGCAUCUUGAAGCCCAGAACAAGAUUAAGGCUUGUACAGGCUCUUUGAACAUGACUCUGCAAAGAGCGUCUACCACACCAAAGCCUGAACCUGUUUCAGUUCAGAAGGGAGAACCCAAAGAAGUAGUUAAGCCUGUACCUAUUACAUCCUCUGCUGUGGCCAAAGUCACUUCCACAUCCAACUUGGCCUACAAUAAGGCACCACGGCCUUUUGGGGUUGUAUCUUCUCCAAAAGUCACAUCCAUCCCAUCACCAUCAUCUGCCUUCACCCCAGCUCAUGCGACCUCUUCAUCACAUGCUUCCCCACCGCCACUGGCUGCUGUCACACCUCCCCCAUUUGCUGCAUCUGGACUGCAUGCUAAUGCCAAACCUAGCGCUGACCAGCCUUUACCUGCCUCAAGCUCUGUUAAAACUGCAGUUAAUGUCCCAUGGCAGCCCGCAGCCACGAGCCCGUAUGCCAGCGACACUGCCCAGGAGCUAGCUGAGGGGCAGAGAAGAGGAUCCCAGGCUGAGAAUAAACAGCAAAAUGGACCGCCAAGGAAGCACAUUGUGGAACGAAAUACGGAGUUUUACCACAUACCAACUCAUAGUGAUGCAAGUAAAAAGCGAUUGAUUGAGGAUACUGAAGACUGGCAUCCAAGGACAGGAACCACACAGUCCCGUUCUUUCCGAAUCCUGGCUCAGAUCACUGGCACUGAGCACUUGAAAGAAUCAGACAAUGAUACUGCAAAGAAGGCAAAGGAAAAGAUACCCCUUCACAUCUUUAGUCCCAAAUACACAAAGUUACGUGACUGGCACCACGAAGUUUCAGCACGUGCCCUUAAUGUACAGUGAUUUAUCAGAAUUGUUCCCUACCAAAAACAAAAUUUCAACAUACUUUCACUUUUUUCUUUUUUUUCUCAAAUGCUUUGCAAAAUCUGUAUUUAAUUUGCUAUAUUAAGAUCAACUCUUUUUCUACACUUUUCUAACAGCUUCCUACUGAUGUAUAAAGAGUAAGAGGAACGUGGUUUGUGCUUAAUCAGUAAUUAACAAGUGUUCAAUAGGAAGACAGCCAACUGAAGGGCUCGAUGUUUCUCCAUACAUUAGUAUUUCCAUCUACCAAGAAGGGUUCCUUUUGUUGUUGAGCUUGAUUAUCUGUACGUUGUUAAAAAGCAGAGGAUGAGAAGCAAAUGAGCAUUCUUGGCUAUUUUGAAAAACACUGCAUGCAGCAGAACUUCCUUUUAAAGUUCCGCAGAAAUUCAGCAAGAAUAUUCAGGAUGAAAAAUAAAUGAGCAGAAAUGGGGCGGGGGACAGGGGAGGUAGGGAAGGAGACUUCCCUAGAGAACACACAUUUGUCCACACUUCAUCAGAGUAAAUAUUUGGUAGCUGCUGGAUACCUUUUUUAAAAAAGGCAGUACUGGAGGUUUGUGGAUGGAAUGGGAUGACCCCUAGAGGUGGCCAAGGUAGAGGGAAUGGAUGGAUAACCACUUAAAGGAGAUAGCCCAGGAUGCUGUUAUAUUUACCCUUCACUUUCAGCAGUUGCUAUGAGAAAAUGCAGUAGUUUAAAAAAAAAUUCUUCAGAUAAAAAUUUAAUUUUCUAUCAAAAGGAAUUUUUUUUUUACUUAGUCUUCAGCACAAACCAUCCCUAGCAUUUCAACAGGUUUCCAAAUCUCUAAACUAAAAAUAGAAUAUGGAGAAGACUGUAUAUGCGUGUUGGUGUGUCUAUGUAUGUGUGUGUAUAUAUACGUAUAUACACACAUAAAAUGAAUAUAUUAUAUACUAUUCUGUUACCAUACAGCAUAUAUUAUAUUACCAUGUCAUAAAUUUGAGGAAGAGAUUUCAAUAUGAUAGAAACAUCAUGAUAUCUUUGAGGUGAUAUUUAUUACUUAUGAUUGGCUAUUUGUAGGAAGGAAUUUUCAGAGUAUUUGUAGAUGCUAUUUAGCUUAUGAUACUGCUUUUCUUGUAAAAUAAUGUAUUAUAAUAGAUUUAAAUUCAGUAAUACGCUUUUUGAAGUUUGAAAAGUGUUAAAAAAUAAAGUUGCUUUUAACUUAGA